AUGAAGUUCACCGCCCAAACCCUCGGCCUCCUGGCCGGCCUCCAAAGCGCCCUCGUCUCCGGCAAGCCCUGCGGCCCUCACCGCCCUCACUGGAAGACCCUCGCGCCCAUCCCCAUCAACCCGCGUCAAGAGCACACCACCCUCGCCCUAAACACCACCCACCUCGCCAUCCUCGGCGGCAUCGUGCCGACCCCCACCCCCUCCCUCUACGCCACAACCCCCCUCCUGCAACUCUACAACACCCUCACCAACACCUGGCACCCCACCCCCCUGCCGCCCCUCCCCGUCCCCCUCAACCACCCCAACGCCGCCGCCGUCGCGGGCCGCAUCUACCUGCUCGGCGGCCUGGACGACGAAGGGGCCGACGGCAUCUGGCGCGGCACGGGGCGCAGUUGGGUUUAUGAUUUUGAUAGCCAGGGGUGGAGUGAGUUGCCGGAGCUGCCGGGCGUGGCGCGGGGGAGUGCGGCGGUCGGGGUGGAUGAGGCGACGGGGAGGGUUUAUCUGGCUGGCGGGAUGACGCAGUUGCCGUUGGUGGAGGGGGCGGGCAUUCAGGAGAGUGUGGAUGUGGUGAGUGUGUUUGAUACGAGGGCGGGGGAGUGGGUUGCGGAGGGGGCGGUGGCGCCGUUGCCGGGGCGGAGGGACCAUGCCGGGGUGGUGGUGGUGGAUGGGGUGAUGUAUGUGUUGGGGGGGAGGGAUCAGGGGCAGUUGAAUGUGAGGGGGGAGGUGUUUGCGCUGGAUUUUGGGCGGGUCGAGGAGGGCUGGGUGACGAAGGAGGGGCGCAUGCCGACUGCGAGGGGCGGGGUGUGUGCUGGCGCGGUGGGCGGGAAGGUGUAUGUUUUUGGUGGGGAGGGCAACCCGGUGGAGGGCAGCGAGGGUGUUUUUGACCAGGUUGAGGCGUACGAUACGAAGACGGAUACGUGGGAGAAGCUGGGCAAGAUGGAGGUGCCGAGGCACGGCACUUACGCGGCUGCCCUCGGUGGCGGAGUGUAUAUCCCAGGUGGUGGUAUCAAGUUGGGAGGCGCGCCGGUGGACACCUUCAAUGUGUACUACCCCUGAGUGCUAGGCCCGGCUUGGUGGUGGAGGUGAAGCAGUGUCAGAGAUGGGGCAGGGACGGAGAUGAGGCCGGACUGGAGAUGAGAACCAAGGGGUUAAGCAGUGUAUCAUACUAGUCGGUCCUUACAUACAUCAAAUACUACCUAGGCAUAUAUCCC